AUGGCACCUAACAGUGCUAUUGCUGCUGAUGGCGCUAAUGUUCCUGGGUCUCCUGCUGCUGUUGAUGGCACCACCACCACCAGCAGUGCAAGCGCCACGGGAGUGGAGCCGUUUUGCUUCCUCGGUCUCCUCGUGCCGUCCGGCCACGCUGCCUUCGCUGUCGCUGUUGACUCUGCCCCGUCACCUCCUCAGCACCCCUCUGCCGCGCCCCUCCCCGCCUACAACCCCCCUGAGGGCGCGCAGUGGGUGUCUCUGCGCUCCCAGGGGCCAACGCUGCCCGCCUUUGAUGCGGGGCUGCUGGCAUACGCCAAUGGGCUCAUGGACUGGCACGGCCGGCAGCGCUUCUGCUCGCAGUGUGCGGCGCCUCUCAUCCAAGCAGAGGGGGGCUACGCCAGGCGCUGCACCAACUCCUUCCCCCCUCCUGCCCCGCCUGCUGCCGCCGUGCCUCCCGCCCCUGCUGCUGCUGGGCUGGUAACAGCAGCAGAUAGCGGCAGCACAACACAGCCAUCAUCAACAUCAGCACCACCAUCGCCUGCUGGGAAGCCCAAGUGCUCCUCCUCCACCAUCUUCCCCCGCCUUGACCCGGCAGUGAUCAUGUGCGUCUCGUGGGGCGACUACGUGCUGCUGGGCCGGCAGUCGCGUUGGCCGCAGGGGCGCCAUUCAGUGCUGGCGGGGUUCGUGGAGGUGGGGGAGGCGUUUGAGAUGGCGGUGGUGCGCGAGGUGUGGGAGGAGGCCAGGGUGCACGUUGACCCCGACACUGUCAGAUACCAUGCCAGCCAGCCGUGGCCAUUCCCCUCCUCCCUCAUGGUCGCCUUCACAGCGCAAGCCCUGCCAUCUGGCCCACCAGCCAUGGCACUGUCACAGCCGGACUACGGGCUGACGGGGGAGGAGAGGGGUGCGGCCCUGGUGCCGUGGCAGCAGCUGCCCGUGGUGCGCACCGACACCAACGAGCUGGAGGAUGCACGCUGGUUCCAUCGGGACUUCAUUCGAGCGCUCCUCAACGACUCCUCCUGCAACACCUGGCUGCAGCAGCCGCCUGCUGACGCCUCCCCAGCCCCCCCUGCACUGCCCGCACAGCCCACUGGCACCACGUGGGCCUUCCCCCCUCUCCCUUGCUCUGCUGUUGCCGUCCCUGGCCCCCAUGCCAUCGCCCACUCGCUGCUGGCGGGGUGGGCCAAGGGGGAUGGGGGAGGGGUGGGUGGGGAGGGAGUGGAGGGGAAGGAGGGUGUGGAGGAUAAGGACUGGCCCGGAGAAAGGGUGCCUGACGUGGAUAUUGACACAGGCAUCUUCAAGUAUGUUCUCAUUCGCCUCAAGUCGCCAGAGACUGGCCGUUCCAAGCUGGUGGAGGCUGUGGGUGGCGGUCGGAUCAACCACGAUGCUGCAAAGAAGCAAAUCACCAUUUAUGGCUUUUCACAGUUCCACUCCACUCUUUUCCCGUGGUCAUCAGUACAGUAUACAUGA